AUGGCCAAGUCGAAGAAUCACACAGCGCAUAACCAGUCUGCCAAGGCACACAAGAACGGCAUCAAGAAGCCAAGGAGGCACCGUCACACUCCCACCAGAGGAAUGGACCCAAAGUUCUUGAGGAACCAGAGGUACGCGAGGAAGCACAACGUUAAGAGCGGCGAGAAUGCCGUUGAAGAAUAA